AUGCUUUGUGGUUCAUUAAUUCGAAUUUUGUUUUGUCAAGGUUUUGCCCUGUCUGAGUCACCUACACACCGGAGCAACCGCGAAAGUCCGCAUAUGCUAAAGAGACCUCACCACGCCCUCCCUGCUCCGACUCAGUUCGCAGCAAGUCACAUCUCAAAUAAAUCUGAAACCUUGAGCACUUACAGGGCAUUUUUAAAGAUCUCUUUUGGCCCAUCCUUCACCUCUCAGGUUCCCCUGUGGGAUAUUUUAUCAUGUCUCUCGGCUAUAAACGCUCGCUACACUGACGACUCACCGCCAAAUUCGUCAAACUCUCUUGGAGUCUUCCAAAAACCUCAGUUUACCUCAGUCUCAGUCUCUCUAGAUGGCCGGGCAUCCCUCCGUUUCCAUGUGUGUACUCAGGUGAAAAUGGAUGACAACUCUGUGCCUGGAAAGCCGAUAUUCAAGGGCAACAGGAUAAACGUAGGGUUGUGUGCGCUGGCCGUGGUGUAUGCGGCUCUCUCCAUUUACCUCAUGACUCAGACAGGGCACCCUCCAAACGUUGAGAAGUAUCCCUCGGCUCUUUCCUGGAUAACUGCUACCAACUCCUUCGCACUGAUUGGCAGUCUCUUCGGCGUCCUUGUCACUCUCCCUGCAUGCAAGCAAAAGACUCUUGGAAGCCUGACUGUUCUGUGCUACACAGUCUCUUUCUUUUUGGCAGUCGCCUCGUUGUUGUUUGUUGUCUUUAGCUACUUCAGUAUCUACUGGAUUGGAUUCUGUGGGGUCCAUGUUUUCAUCUCAAUGAUGGGUGUUGGAGCCGCCUACGCACACUUUAGGGCCCUUUCAAGUCAAGAAGAACUUGAGGAGACACUGCCCAUCGCCGCCUCGCUUCCUGUUGCCACAGAGUCCGCCUAA